AUGGAGGAAGAGGAGGAGGAAGAAGCCGAAGAGGAGGAAGAGGAAGAAGAGGAAGAGGAAUAUCGACCGGACGACCAAAAGAUUUCACCUUCCAGGUCACCUUCGCGGCACAUCUCACCUCAACCCAAUCAAUCAGUCCCUCACCGUAGCCCUAGCCAACCAUCACUUCAUCCCGUUCCGUCGCCCGAACCUCCGACUAUUGGUGACACUGAGGGAGAGGAGGUUGUGUUGGUAGAAGCCGUCGAAACGCCGCAAGUUGCCAGAGAACCGUCUCCUCGGUCGAUUUCUCCGUCGUCAUUCAUACUGGAUCACAAAGAACCGGAGCCUCAACAACCGAUGAUCAUUCACACUGCUGUCGACGUAGCUACACUACACCCAGCACUUCUUAUACCUACGCCGACUUCUCCGGCAUUGACGGCCCCAGUGUUCAGUUUUGAGAGUAGCGAGCCUGAACCGACCGCGGAUUCCCCUUCCACCCCGGUUCAGGCGGAGAUUUCUCGACACCAUUUCAGUCCUGAUUACACUCUACCUCGGCCCAAAUUUCUACCCCCGGAUUUUGUUCGGAAAGGUAAGUCAUCAAAGCAGCGGAAGCGUGACAAGGAUAGGGCAGAGUCGAAGACCAAAGAAGGGUGGACGCCUCUGGGCUUCGUGAAGUGGGGUGCCUCAAUUCGCGCAAACCCGAUACACAAGAAGGUAUCUAGAGCGGCAAAGUGUUUAAGUACACGAGAUUGGGGUGUGGCCAUUACAGAGCUUCGGCUGAUGCGCACUCUGGAACGAGUCGAGAGCCUGGAAAACAUUGCCAAGUGGUCCUAUAGACAACCAAAGAAACAAAGGAACCUUGGAGGCAUGACAAAGACUCAUUGGGAUUACCUUUUGGACGAAAUGAAAUGGAUGAGGGUUGAUUUCCGCGAGGAGCGUCGGUGGAAGUAUGUGCUGGCUUUCAAUCUCUCGACUGCGGUUCUCGAAUGGCAUGCAGCUGGGACUCCCGAGGAAAGGAUCAAGCAAGGUGUCUGCAUGCAUUGGAAACGCCCGCGGACUACAACGGAUCACAGGACAUCGCAAGAUAUGGAUGUGGAUGGUCGACCAUCAGAGCGUAGGGAGGAUGAUUCCACGGUGACGGGCGAUGACUCGGAUAACGAGGAUGAUGACGCGGAGGCGGAGCAGCGAGAAGUUGUGGACUCCCUGGAGACGGGGAAAGUCUUGGAGGAGGCCCUCGAAAGUCGAGGGUCAAACAGUUCUGAAGACAGUAGCCUGCGUCAGAGUCCAGUUCUGGAGAGUGUUCGCCCCAAGGUCGAGGAUGUGGAGGACCCUGCUGCGCUGCAAGCCGCCAACGCCGGUGGGGUUGCAAGCGAAUCAGUGGGUGACGACGGACAGAAGGCUAAGAUGGAGGCUGCGGAACCGCAGGGUCUGAAGCCCAGUUCAACGGAUCCCCUUCUUGGAUCAUUACCGGAUUCACAACGUGAAACGACGCAGGCAUCCAGUUCUGCGAAAGCUGCCACGGUGAAGUCCAACCUAUACGUGCCAUUGCGGGAACGCAUCGCUUAUUCGGAUGAGAGGAAGUUGUUCAUUGAGAACGAAGAUCUUGACCUUGUCAAGGAUUUCUCUGCUUUGACCACAGAUGACCAGGCUUUGGAACCCUCCUGUCCGCCACCUGAUCUCUCGGUGAUCUUUCCUGACCUUCAGCCUCUCGGUGUCCCAGAUGUAGUCAAUGCUAUGGCUGAGGGAAAAGAAAAGGCAGAUAAGAAAACGGAGCGCGAAGGUAGUAAGCGUCUCGAUGACUCCGGGUACACGAAGAUGGCCCCCAUGGGCAAGUUUAUGAUGUGUAAACCCGUCCUCCUUGGACCACUACAUCCUGCGAGGCGAUGGAAGAACGGACGCUGGGUCAAUCCAGAAGAACCUGCCGUCACGGAAGCUGAAGCGUCUGGCAAGAUCUCGGAUGAUUCUCUGUCUGAGCUCUUUGAAUCCGUGAAGCCGCAGUUAAUUAGUGUCCUUGCCCCUCAGCCACCCAAGGAUACGAAGAAGCGAGCGGAACAUGCUUGGAGUCCAGAGGAAGAUGCUCUCCUGAAGCGGUUGGCCGAUAAAUACCCGAAUAAUUGGUCACUCAUCACUGACGUAUUCAACUCGUCGAGAGUUGCGAUACCCUUCGAUAAACGACUGCCCUGGGAGUGCUUCGAACGAUGGAAUACCAAGUUUGGGGGUAUUCGAUACGGACCUUCACAUCCUGAGGUCAAUUCUUCUCCUGCUGCUGCGGCGGCGGAAGGUACCCCUCCGCCUAUAGCGUCGUCCACACCUCAGGCGCAAAUGACGACGAGAGGCGUUAAGCGUCUUGCCAGCGCGUCGAUUUCGCAGAAUCAGAAUACGGGUUUGAUUAGCUCGGAUAUGUUGAAGCGACGCAGGCACACCUUGAUGUAUGAAACCAUACGAAAGGUUGCGAAGAAGCGGGAGAUCACGCAGAAGGCAUCUAUGAAUCAGAGGAAGUCAUCCAAUAUCCACGACACCCACAGUCAAUACAACAAGAUGCCGAAGAUGAGCCCGGCUGAACUCAGCCGCUUGAAGGCUGACAAGGAAACUCGGGAGCAUCAGGAGAUGUUGAUGGCACGACGCAGACAUGAUGAGAUGACUCGGCAGCAGCAACUCAGAAUGCAAGUCGCCGCCCAAGGACAGGCCCCUGCCGCUGCCGCUGCGCCCGCCGCGCAACCACAACAGGUCAACGGGGCGACCCGUGCCGUGCAACAGCCUGCACAGGCUGUCCCUCAGAUUCGUGCACAACCCGUGCCGCAGGUGAACAUAUCUCAGCAGCAACGGAUGCCUACACCUAUGGCGUCGACAGCAGUGGCAGUUGCAGCAGCCCGGAUGUCACCCCAAAUGCUGCAGGCUCAGGUAGCCCAGGCGCGUGCUCUCGCCGCCGUUGCCGCUCAAUCGCAAGCUCAGGCACAGUUGCAAGCACAAGUUCAAGCGCAAGGGCAGGGACAGGUUCCGGCGCAGGUUCCUACGCCGGCACAGAAUGCAGGAGUCAACAAUGUGCAGAAUAGUCUUCCUGUUGGGGCACAUCUCUCCCCACCUUACCAGUCGCGCGCGGCAACUUCGUCGCCUGGUGUAGUACCGCAGGGUUCUCCGCCCCAUAAUGGCAUUACACUAUCCAAUGUCGCCUCUCCGAUUUUAACUUCGACUCAGCCGCAAAUGCAGAUUCAAGCCGGGCAAGUUCCUGGAAAUGCGAUUCCCCGCCCACCUGGUGGUCUUCCGGCACAUUACUUUCCUGUGGUCGCGACAGCGGGGGGUCAUUUCACGCAAGAGCAGGUGGACCAGGCAAUGCGGCUUAUGCAGGUGAGCACCUUUCUUGUGAUUCUUGGCGAACGUUGCCAACGAUGCGUCUUGUAG